UCUCGCUGCGGGAACACAUUUGAAUGGGGAAAAGAGGAGAGGCGGCGGCGGUGGCGGGAACGGCGCGUGAAGGAUUCCAGGAUGGAUGUGGAGAACCUGAGCAAGGCGGAGCUGCUGACGCUCUUCAGUGUGUUGGAGGGGGAGCUGGAGGCCCGGGACCUGGUUAUUGAGGCCCUCAGGGCCCAGCAGCGGGACACCUUCGUGCAGGAGCGCUACGGGAGGUACCGCCUCAGCGACCCUUUUCUGGCGCUGCAGCGGGACGGCGAGGUGGCCCGGGGACUCUCCAAGGGGGACGGGACUCCCCCCGGCUCUGCCUCCUGCCUUGCGCCCAGCCCCCUGACGGUGCUUCAGCUCGUGGUGGCCCACUGCAAGAAGAUGCAGCAGAAGACCAUGGCACAGCUGGCAGCAGCAGAGAAGCGACACAGAAAGGUGAUUGCAGACCUAGAGGAGGAGAAGCGGCGCCACGCGCAGGACACAGCAGAAGGGGAUGACGUCACGUACAUGCUGGAGAAAGAGCGGGAGCGGCUGCUGCAGCAGCUGGACUUUGAAAAGGCACAGGUGAAGCGCCUGGAGAAGGAGCACAAGAAGCUGGCUGCCCAGGUGGAGGAGGCUCAGGCUCAGAACGAGCAGCUGUCCUCCAGCCUGGCCCAAGAGUGCCAGCGGGCUGCCGCUCAGGCCCAAGAGGAGGGGCGGUGCAUGGCGGCCCUGCAGGCGCAGCUCGAGGCGGAGCAGACACGGGCAUCACGCGCCGAGGAGCGCCUCCGACUGGAGCAGGGCCACUGCCGGGAACUGCGGGCACAGCUGGAGGACGUGCGCAAGGACCUGGCUGAGAAAGUGGCAGCACCGUCCGUGUCGGCCGCGACCCAGACGGAGCCCGGUGAGAGGCUGCCAGCCCGCUCCAAGGUGAAUGGCAUCCAUCACGGCCUGAAGGAGGGCGAGGCGGCAAUGACGGUGGCACCAGAGCGGCCCAGCCCAGAGCACAAUCAGGAGAAUGGCGGUGUGCAAUCCCCAGUCCACCCCCAUGCCAGCCUAUCCCCCAGCAGCACAGCCUCCUCCUCCCUCACCUCAUCACCCUGUUCCUCGCCCGUGCUGGCCAAGCGCCUCGGGGGUUCCGGCGCGCUCAGCCCCAGCUACCAGUCCUCCUACCAGUCGAGUGUCACCCAGCGCUUCCAAGCAGCCCGUCAUAAGUUCCAGACACAGGCGGAGCAAGAUCAGAUGUGCGGGCCCGCGUCCCCCCAUGACUUGUCGCCCACGACGGCUGCUGCCGACUCGGCCAAGCAGCUGGCGCGUAACACCGUCACCCACGUGCUCUCACGCUUCACCGGCCAGCAGGGGGCGGCCAAGUCCCCCACCCCAAACAGCUCACCUUUCGGCACGGACUACCGCAGUCUGGCGUGCCUCUCUCCGAGCGCUAAGCCCUCGAGCCCGCUUUCGCCUGGGGGCAAAUCCUCCACCGUUUCCCGGGGCACCCACCCACCACCCAUCCCCCCAAAGAAGCUCAGUGCCAGCCAGUCACCCGCCUCACCUGGCACGCCCACCCGAAGCAGCCACUUCCCGGAGCUGUCGGGUGGCUGUGGGCUCACAAGCACUCAGGAAGGCUGCAAAGAGCUCGACAUGGUUGUCUCCUCCUCCAGCUAGCCACCGGCGCCUCCUGCAGGCUGAAACCCACAUCCUAUGGCACAUUAGCAGGCUUGGGGCUCUCAGGCGCGUCCUGUGUUAUUUAAAUUUUGGACAGCAUCUCAACGGAGGUCUCAGACGUUGCUCACGCACCACCUUUAUUUUGUGCGCAAAUGACAACCUUGAACGCAAUAAGAGCAGCACUCAGGGCGGGUGGCUGACACAGCACAUGUGGCACCAGGGUUUGCUUUUUCGCUGGAUGCCUCAGCUCAGCAUCGUUGUUGUUGCAGUUCUCUUUCUCCUUUGUCUUAUUUUCCAUCCUUCGCACACUGAUGUUCAUCUUCGGCCCCCCUAAUCCGGCCAGUGGACGCCGUCUAGAGCUCUGCUCGCAAGAUCUACCAGUGCCUGUUGAGCGCUCGGCAAGUCCCCAUGUGAUACUUGAGAUCUCCUCGGCGUGAACAGCAGCUAAAUCCCCACCUGAGUCCAUAGGCGGUAAAGCCCCACUGUUAUGGACAGAGUGAGUGACCAGUGUCCAUCCAUCGAGUGCCUCCAUCUCAUCUGUCCAUCUCCCCCUUGCUGUUAACAGCUCUCUCAGAGUUCUGCCCACCGUUUGUUCCCAGGUCAUUUUUUGUGCCCGGUGUUGGAUCGGUCACACCAUGUCACCGGCAAUUUCUUUAUUUCCAGUGUAUUAAUGCAGGCGACCAAAUGGCAAAGGGAAACGGAACACUUUAUACUGAACAUCUCUUCUAUUGAAGCUGAAGCUGAGGCUGAACACGAACAAGGGUGAAUGAUGUCACCUUGUGGUUUGGUGUCUUGAGAGUUAACAAUAAUGCAUUUUUAUCUAUCCAUAAGAAGAUGUUUCUUGACAUGAAUAUGAACGAUAUUUAAAAAAAAUGUAUGUAUGAGGGCUGUAUUAUUUGCUAUGAGAUUAGUCACUAGGGUGGAACCAACAAGGAUACAGUUUCCUAACAAGGAAACAAGUUCUGCCAGAACAGAUCCACUGCUUUACUUCUCUGGUUUUGUCUUUGUUACCCUCUGUAAUGUGGUUUUGGUCAUGAGCACCUGCACUGUUUUAUUGAAAGCAUACUUCAUAUUUAAUAGAAAUACAAACAUUUUUUAUGAUAAAGGCACCGUGAACUACUGUUAAUUCUAGUUUGAUAUUAACCUUUUUAAUAUUUAGGAGCAAAUUCCUUG